UCAAUACUGUGAUAAAGUUAAACCUGGUAAUUUUUAGCUCCUUCCAUUUGUGUUGGUAUAGUUAUAUGGUUUAAACAUCAAUUUUAAUAAGUUUUAUUGGAAAAACAUUAGGAUGACGUGGAAGUUCCAUUAGAGUUUAUUGCACAAUACAAAUCUAUGCUGGGAAAUCAUGUUGUGGUUAGGGAUCCUGUAGGGGGGAGUUCACCUUUCAGUUGGUUGUGGGUAAUAAUGGAGGUUUGCUCAUUGAUGUUGUGGUCAAGUUUGUAAAAAUGUAUGAUUUGAAAAGAUAUCAUUGGGCAGAUUUCUCCUAUUGUGGAAAGAACAAGUUUUCUAUCAGGAUAUUUGAUAGACUGAUGAAUCAAAUAAGCUAUGAUGCUGGCCCUUCUGUAAGGCAACCUGAUGUUGGGAGUUCAGGUAAGAAUGGUGAAGAGGUGGUUGUGUCUGAUGUUGGUGAUAAGGAUGAAGUUGGUGGGGAAGUUCCAGUGGCUGAUGUCGGUGGUAAGGUUGAAGUUGGUGGGGAAGUUUCAGUUCCAGUGGCUGAUGUUGGUGAUAAGGAUGAAGAUGGUGUGAAAGUUCCAGUUCCAGUGGCUGAUGUUGGUGGGCAGUUUAUGGAUGUGGAUAACAUUGAAGAGAAUGAUGUAAUUAUGAUAUCAAGUGAUGAUGAGGAGGAUGAUGGAAUUGUGCAAUUAAGUGAUGAGGAGGAGGAUGAUGGAAUUAUGCAAUUGAGUGAUGGUGAGGAGGAUGAUGGUGUGGAGAGGGUUAUUCAUAAUUUUGAUAAGGUCAUUAGCAGCUAUGAUUCUGGUGGAGGCCAGACAAUGGCAUUGCCUAAGUUGUAUGUGGUGAAUCAUAUUAGGGCAAACUGGGAGAAUAUCGUUCUACAAACCCCUAGGGGUAGAACUUAUAGUUGUCUGCUGAAAAGAAGGAAUCCAAGGAAGAUUGAUACUCCAAUCCACAUUGCAAAGGAUUGGUAUCAAUAUGUGAAGGAUCAUGAGUUGAAGUAUAGGGAUGUUGUGCACUUUAGGCCAGUUAGCACUCACAACAAUUUGGUUAAUGUUACCAUUACCCGUGGGCAGCCGUAUGUAUAAUAUAUGGCAUCUCAAUCAUUCUCUUCGACACAAAGAAGAAAUGGGAUUGCUGAUGGAAGGCUCUGUACUUGCGGCCUUACCCCAGCCCUAAAGACUUCAUGGUCCAGUAGUAAUUAUGGACGAAGAUAUUUUCAAUGUCCUUUGAAGGCUUGUGGGUAUUAUGAUUGGCUUGAUCCCCCUGUGCAUGGGCAAGUUGUUGAAGCCCCCAUGACUGCUGCUGUGACUCCUGGUCAAGUUGUUCAAGCCCCCAUGACUGCUGCUGUGACUCCUGGUCAAGUUGAUGAUUGCUUUGAAGGAUUAAAGAGGGCAGAAGCUUUGAUCUCUGACUACAAGAGAAGGGAAC